AUGGCGGUUGCCAAAACUUCACCUCCCUGCCUACGUGGCAUCCGUACAGUACAGACGGAUGACUGUGCAAGCUACGUGGCAGAGGUACAGUGGCAGGCUGACGUGUUUGCUGAGCGGAGAGUUGAAGCUGCAGAGUGGAGCAAACCUAGUUUCAAGGCGAUUAGAAGGCUUGAGGUGAUUCGACAAGAAGUUCUUAUGCAUCCGACAGGAGAAAAAGAUGGGUUUACUAGAGAAGCUAUCAAGAAAUCCAAGGAGAAGAAGGCUCAGAUGGAAGUAGAGGAGAAAUCAAAGAAGCCUAAUACUGAACCGAUUCCCUCCAAGACAAAGCCUAAGGAGACUAAGUCUUCUCCUACUUCGUCAGACGAGGAAGCUGAGAAAGAAAAGAAGAAAGGAGAAUUUGUCAUAGUGGUUAGGAAAUCACAGUCUAGUGGUGCACAACAAAGCAAGAAGUCAAAAUCAGAACCUGCUCUAACCGAUAGGCCAAAAAGAGGAAGAAAGCUAAGGACAGAGCUUGAUGAAGAACUUGAAUCUGACAAGGUGGAAGAACGUAGCAUUCCAAAAGAUCUAUAUAAUAUUCUUGAUGCUAGAAGGCUAAAUGCAAGCCGAGUACAUAAAGAAAUGAACGAACAUGAAUUGAUCAAUAUCAGUGCUUGUAUUUCACAAGAAGAAGUUGAUAGACUCGUGGAGCAAGCCAACAAUAAGGAAUUCAUAAGAAAAAAAGGAGUAAACAAGAUUAUGAUUGGCAGGGUUGAGGAAGUCAUAAAAGAAAUUGAAGAGAUGUGGAAAAGGUUCUUAAAGAAUAAUCAGGGUGAAACUCAGACAAAGGCAGAUCCGGAAGUUUGGGCCAAUAUAACCCUUGAUGCAAAGGACAGUCAAAAUCCUCAGGCUGACAAGGGCAACCCAAAGAUGGUGGAAGGGAAAGUUGAAGAAGCCAAAGAGACACCAAAAGAUGUUACUGCACCAAGUGGUGACACCAGUGCAAAGGUUGAAGGAAAAGAGGAGUCUGAGAAGGACAAGGUAUAG